CUUCCUCCUCUCGAAAUCCCUUUCCCCCACAUCUGACUUCUUCAGAACGCAAGCCACAUCCUGACUUGAUCGAAAGACAAUCCCCUUCGCGUCAGCAUGGUCCGCAUCGCCUCCUCCAUCAUCGCCCUUGCGGCAGCUGCCACCUUGGCAGUCGCCUCCCCAGUCGAGAAGCGCGCUCCCGCCGGCGUUCCUGGCUUCGACAUCAGCCACUACCAAGGCACUGUCAACAUGGCAUCGCAAAAGUCCAAGGGUGCUCGCUUUGUCAUCAUCAAGGCCACGGAAGGCACGACCUACACCGACACUUCCUUCUCUGCCAACUACAACGGAGCUACGUCGGCUGGGCUGAUCCGCGGCGCGUACCACUUUGCGCACCCCAACUCUGGAUCUGGCGCUACGCAGGCCAACUACUUCAUCGCUCACGGAGGUGGCUGGUCCAACGAUGGUCGCACUCUGCCCGGCAUGCUCGACAUCGAGUACAACCCGGGAUCUGGCGGUACUUGCUACGGUCUGUCUGCGGCUUCCAUGGUCAGCUGGAUCAGGGACUUUGUCAACACCUACCACAGCAAGACUGGUCGCUACCCCUUGAUCUACACCACCAACGACUGGUGGAACACUUGCACUGGCAACUCCAAGGCUUUCAGCGCAAACAGCCCCCUCGUGCUCGCUCGCUACGGCGCCAGCUCUCCCGGUACCAUUCCUGGCGGCUGGCCUUACCAGACUAUCUGGCAAUGGGCAGACUCUGGCACAUUCCCCGGCGACCAGGAUGUCUUCAACGGAAGCGAGGCCAGCCUCAAGAAGCUUGCUACCGGUUAAUGGCGCUCGCGUCCGGUCCGAGCCAUUGACAUUUGCAAGACCACCGUCAGAACGCUGACGUGCGCAUCGGUCGCGAUGCGCACGCAAUGCCUGAUGAGCACCAGAACGACUCUCCUUACUAAUUGUAUCUUCC